AUGGCAGCACCGUUCGAUGCGGCCCAGCUGGACGAGAGCGAGAAAUAUGUCUUGAAUAUUGCCAUCGACGGCCGAACACGAAUUCGGCCAUCGGUCCACCCGGAAGCCAUGGGCAGCAGGUUCCUCAGCUUCAUCCAGGUAGAGCACCCCAUCAAGGAGAUUCUCGAGAGCGACAACCUCACAGCCUUGUCUUUGCUGAUCCGCAGAGCCAUUAUUGCAAUAGAUAAGAAAGUCAGAGGUUCCUUCAUCAAUGUUGUCAUUAAGCUUGUGAACAACAAGAAUGAUCUUUGCGCACUGAUUUCAACAUCAUUCUUGGAUGCGCACCUGGCUAGAAAUAUGCGCAACAUCGAUAAAGUGACAGACUGA